AUGUUGGAUAAUAUGGGUCGAUCAGCGCUAUGGCAUGCGCAUACGGCGGGUGCAUUUGACUGUGUGUCGAUAUUGCUGAACGCCGGUCUUGAGCCAUCAUUCGGAGUGCCGAACGGUAGCAGUGUUGCUGACAUGAUCACAGGCUCGUUGACGAGUCGUGAAUACUACAGUCCACCUGAAGGUACAGUCAUUAUAUCAGAUGCAAAGUUGAGACGUCAGUCGGAUGUGGCUUUGCGAAGGAUAAACGCAGCUGCUAGUGGCGUUGCUCAGCAACAACAAACCGUCGUCACACCACCACAACAAGCGCCCAUUCAGCCGUCACCACCACAGUUGAAGCACUCCAGUGCAGCCGGAAGCACUCAGCUGCCCCCAGCCCCACUAUCGUCGAACGUCACCUCAAGCUCUCAAAGCGGAGGAGUUGGUGCCUCAAAUGGUUAUCAUCAACGAGCAGCAGAUGCGUUCGAUCGCUUACCAGCCAGUGUCAUAUGA